AAAAGAAAAAAAUUAGUGUUCUUUUCUGGAUAUUUGCUGCUAUGGCAUGUAACUUCAUUUAUUUAUUUUUAAAUGUUUUAUUUUUAAGUAAUCUUUACACCCAACAUGGGGUGAACUCACAAACCCGAGAUCAAGAGUCACAUGCUCCACCAGCUGAGCCAGCCAGGUGCCCCUGGCAUGUAACUUUAAAAGCAAUAUGCCCAUCUUGAACAUCUCCUGGGAGUUUCAAUAGCACUUGUGGUAGGCAACAUAGUAGUUUCCCAAAGACAGCCAUGAUCAUCUAGCCAUGAUCCCUAGAAUUUGUGAAUGUUUCCCAAUACAGCAAAAGAGAUUUUGCAGAUGUGAUUAAGGAUUUUGAGAUGGGAAGAUUAUCCUGGACUAUUUAAGUGGGCACAAUGUAAUCACAAGAGUCUUUUUAAGUGAAAGAGGAGGAGAAUCCAAGGAGAUGUGACAAGGAAAGCAGAGGUCAGAGGGCCACAAAUCAAGGAAUUCAGCCUGUAGAAGCUGGAAAAGGCCAGGAAACGUUGUUACUUGCUCCCUAGGGAAGGUAGACCCACUGAAAGUUUUUGUUUUUUCCUAAUUAUUUUAUUUUUGAGAGAGACAGAGACAGCAUGAGCUGGGGGCUAGAGUGGGGGCGCAGACACACAGAGAGAAAAUCCCAAGCAGGUUCUGUGCCGUCAGCACAGAGCCUGAUGUGGGGCUCAAACUCACAAAACUAUGAGAUCAUGACCUGAGCCAAAACCAAGAGUCAGCUGCUUAACUGACUGAGCCACCAGGUACCCCCCACUGAUACAUUUAAAAAAAAUUGACAUAUAUAUUAUACUUUAUAUAUAUAUUACAUUAGUUUCAAGGGUACACCAUAAACAUUUGGUAUAUGUAUAUACUGUGAAGUGAUCACCACAAUGUCUAGCUAACAUCCAUCCCCAAACAUAGUUAUAAUUUUUUUCCUAUGAUGAUACCAACAUUGCUACUUUGAUUUUAGCUGGGUGAAACCCAUUUCAGACUCCUAACUUCCAGAACUGUCAAGAUAAUAUAUUUGUUUUUAGUCAUUAAGUUUGAUGUGAUUUGUUAUAGCAGCAAUAGGAAACUAAGACACCCUCUGGUGAAUCCGUGUCCAGAAUCAUGUAUCUUACUGCUCACUUAGUAGCUUCAUCUGGCUACUUCAUAGGCAUCUCAAACAUAUACCAAAUUAAAGCUUCCCUUUUAACUCCCCAAACCUGGUUCCUGCCUCAGCUUUUCUCUCAUCUUGGUAAAUGGCACCCAUCAACCAAUUACUAAUGCCAGAUACCUGGAAGUCACCCUUGUUUCUUUUCCUUCCUUUUCUGUCAUUCCCUCAUAGCCAAUCCCGAAUUUUCAGUUCUACUUCCAAACUCAACCUCAUAGCCAUCCGCUUCGGUUGAGUUUCACUGCCACCAUUUUUUUUUUUUUUUUUACAAUUAAUUUUAUUUUCUUUAAUAUGAAAUAUGUACAUAUAUUGCAAAAUACAAAAGAUAUUAUAAAUAGGUAUUCACUGGAAAAGUCCAUCCCCUUGCAGCCUGUCGGUGUUACCAGUUUUUUACGCAUCUUUUCAGUAAUUUUUUUUUUACACUGCCACUAUUCUUUAAAUGCUAAUCCAUUCUCCCCAUAGUAGCCCAAGUGAUAUUUUAAAAAGAAAUCUGAUGGCACUUCCUUACACAAAUCCCCUUAAGAUCUCUCCUUUUGUGUCUGAUAUGACCUUCCAGUAGCUCCAAGCUAGUUGCAGGGUAACUGAUAGUACAUUGAGUACUCUGCAAAUUAGAGCUUCAUUAUUAAUGUUUAUUUAUUUUUGAGAGAGAGAGAGAGAGAGAGAGAGAGCGCGCGAGCACAAGCAGGGGAGGAGCAGACAGAGAGGGAGACAUAGAAUCCAAAGCAAGCUCCAGACUCUGAGCUGUCAGCACAGAGCCCCAAUGUGGGGCCCUAUCUCCCAAACUGUCACAUCAUGACCUGAGCUGAAAUUGGACGCUUAACCAACUGAGCCACCCAGGCACCCCUAGAACUUCAUCAUGAAUUGAAAUACACGAUGUGCAAAAGUUUGAUUGGAUUUGAAAAAAAUUUUUAAGUGUUUAUUUAUAUUUGAAGAGAUAGUGAAUGAGCAGGGGAGGGGCAGAGAAAGAUUGAGACAGAAUCUGAAGCAGGCUCCAGGCUCUAAGCUGUCAGCACAGAGCCCUAGCUGGGGCUUGAGCUCAGGAGCUGUGAAAUCAUGACCUGAGGUCCAACACUUAGCCAGCUGAGCCACUCAGGUGCCCCUGAAAUUUGCUUUAUAGCAACAACUCUGGAUGGGUUGUUAGAUUAUUUAAAUAGUUUUACCUGUGGUAAAUUACUUAAGGAUUGUAAAAAAAUGUUUUACUGUUUUGUAACACCAACUCAUUCAACGUUUGUCACUGGUGCCUUAGCAAUUUGAAAAGAUCACUAAAAAGUCUUUAUAAGGAGCUGUGGGAGCCUUUUCCCUGACACCUUUUCUGCUGCUGCCAAGUUCCCCGCCGGAUGUCCCUGGGGCAGGGCUGGUGGGAAGUUUCCUAAAGAGGAGGCCUAGGCUGAGCGUCUUAUAAGGAUCAGCCGGUGUGUGGCUUGUUUGGGUCAUCAUCAACCCUCCAUCAGAGCCUUCUAGGAGACACGGUCCUGGAGCGACAAGGGUUUAACUCAAGAGAUGGCUCUGUGGCUGACCAGCUGCACGGCAGAAUUGUUUUGGUGAUAGCCUAUAAAAUGCCGGAGGGAAUACAAGGCCUAAUUCCCCCUGGGUGCAAGGCCAAAACCACUACCCUGGGUGAGGACCCGGGCUCCCGAGCGUGCGUGGCGGCACAAGAGAAGGCGUCGGGGCGGGAACAGAGCGAGACCAGCAAGACCCCGACCGCCACGACAACGGAAGGCUCUCGGCGCCCCCGCACCGGCCCCCUCCAAAGACCGUUUGGCCAGGGGGUGGGGCACGGGCGGGCGCAGCCAAUCACAGGGUCGCUCUCAGGUUACGUAAGGGCGCGUUCGCCGAUUCGGCGCUCGGGGUGGGUGUGCAGGGGCGUGCGUGGCUGGGAUCUAGACCCGAGUCGUCCGCGCGCUCGGCUGACGUGAGGAAGGCGCGGGGGCGGUCUUGGGCCGGCCUGCUUGCUGGUGCUGCGUUCGGCUCUGCCCGCGAGGCGGGGCGGCGGCGGCGUGCGAGGGAGCAGCUCGCCAGUGUGUGGUGAGAGCCCCGCGUCGGCCGGGACUCGGGAGACGGGCCGGGGAGAGCAUCCUUCGGACCCCCACGGCCUCUUCCUCCGGCCCCCGCCUCUUGGCCCCCGCAGUCCGGCGGCCGCCCGUUACCUCUCCGCGUCCCCAGGCCCGCACAGACCCCGGCCUCGCCCGGUCUUCGCAGGCCUACGUGCCAGGGCCCCUCCGUAUUCCUGUUACGGGCUCCGUCUUGUGGCCCGCGGAGCAGACCGCUUCACUGCGGGCCCCGGGCGGGUAGCCGGAGGCUUGGCAUGAUUCCAUCCCCCGGGCAGCGCUGCCCUGUAAGGAAAGGGGCUUUCCUGGGAGAUAGUGAGGGAUCUGUUACGGGGGUGUGCAAAAGAGGGUGGAGAGCUCCCUGACAGACAAGUUGCCCUGGGGUGUAAAGGGUUGGAUUAAAAGAUGAUUUUGAAGGUCUGCCCCCAACCCUGCCAUUCUGAGUCUGGGCUUCCUUAGUAGUUUGACGCGCGUUUAUUUUCCUCUCCAAUCUUGAGCACACCUGUAAAAUUGUUAGAGCACGAACAAGUAUUCUGGGCUCCUCGGAAAGAGAGGAGUGCCGUGUAGCAGUCUAGAUAAUUGGCUAACCCAGCUAGAGAAGCUCUGGAAGAGGCCAAACCAAACUACAGCUCGGGAAUAGGCUUCAGAAAUUUCAGGCCGCUUUUACAUAGCUCCUUCCGUCUUAAUUGUAAGUCGCAUCCCCGCUGCACCGAGGGCAGAGUGGUAUGUCAUGUUCUCUUAAUUGCUAUGGAGCCUGGCAAGACCUGCCACGAAGAAGGCCCGUGGAUGUUAAGGAACAGACACUAGGCAAACACUGGAUGUGUAAUAUCCUGCGUGCUGGGUCUGAUUUUUAGUUCUGGCAACAAACUGUACUUUGGGGCAGGUAAAUUAUUUUGUCUGUACCUCGGUGUCCCCGUCUGUAAAAUGGGAUUGGUGAGAGGGCUCUCAGGAUGAGAUGGUUAAUGUAAAGCUCUAAAUAUAGUUAGUGCUUAGCACCUCAGAAGUACUUAGCAGAUGCUUACUGUUACUGUUUCCUCUGCUCAGUGACUACUUGAGCCAAGUGCUGGUGAGUCUUUUUCCAACAUUUCAGUUGAGGUCCAGAGGAAUAUUUUUCUGGGAAGUGUUGAUCAUGUUGAUCACCUUUUGUUAGUAUGUAAAAUGGUCACUCUUGAAAGAAUGCAGGAAGUGGGCUUUAAGAAUUGGGUUUCUCAGAGACUGCCAGUGAAUUCGAGAUGAAAGCAUACUUCUCUGGAAUUUAGCUAUAUUUUAGUUACAAUUCUGGAAUUAAUAGGUGAAAUGGGUGUAAAUAUCCAGCCCCUCCUGACUUUCUGAGCUUUAGGCUUGAGGGAAAUGUGGACAACAUAACUACUUCACAGUGUCUAUUUAAAAGAUUCUUAAAAAAAAAAAAAAGAUUUCUUGUUUUGAUAGUGACAAUUUCAAGUAUGCUGAAAAGGACAGAAGACAAUAUGACUCCCUCUACCAGUCACCAAGAUUUAACACAUAUUAAUAUGUUACCGUGUUUGUUUCACAUCUCUGCCUAUGGAACUCUGUUUUAAGAAUCUCUCAAAGCAAAAGAAACAAGUCAUGGAGAAGAAUGGGAAUAACCGAAAGCUUCGGGUUUGUGUUGCGACUUGCAACCGUGCUGAUUAUUCGAAACUUGCCCCGAUCAUGUUUGGCAUUAAAAUGGAACCUGAGUUCUUUGAACUUGAUGUGGUGGUACUUGGCUCUCACCUGAUAGAUGAUUAUGGGAACACAUAUCGCAUGAUUGAACAAGAUGACUUUGACAUUAACACCAGGCUACACACGAUUGUUAGGGGGGAAGAUGAGGCAGCCAUGGUGGAGUCAGUAGGCCUGGCCCUAGUGAAGCUACCAGAUGUCCUUAAUCGUUUGAAGCCUGAUAUCAUGAUUGUUCAUGGAGACAGAUUUGAUGCCCUGGCUCUGGCUACUUCUGCUGCCUUGAUGAAUAUCCGAAUCCUUCAUAUUGAAGGGGGAGAAGUCAGUGGGACCAUUGACGAUUCUAUCAGACAUGCCAUAACAAAACUGGCUCAUUAUCAUGUGUGUUGCACCCGAAGUGCAGAGCAGCACCUGAUAUCCAUGUGUGAGGACCAUGAUCGCAUCCUUCUGGCAGGCUGCCCUUCCUAUGACAAACUUCUCUCUGCCAAGAACAAAGACUACAUGAGCAUCAUUCGGAUGUGGUUAGGUGAUGAUGUAAAAUCUAAAGAUUACAUUGUUGCGCUACAGCACCCUGUGACCACUGACAUUAAGCAUUCCAUAAAAAUGUUUGAAUUAACAUUGGAUGCGCUUAUCUCAUUUAACAAGCGGACCCUAGUUCUGUUUCCAAACAUUGAUGCAGGGAGCAAAGAGAUGGUUCGAGUGAUGCGGAAGAAGGGCAUUGAGCAUCAUCCCAACUUCCGUGCAGUUAAACACGUCCCAUUUGACCAGUUUAUACAGCUGGUUGCCCAUGCUGGUUGUAUGAUUGGGAACAGCAGCUGUGGAGUACGAGAGGUUGGAGCUUUUGGAACACCUGUGAUUAAUCUUGGAACACGUCAGAUUGGAAGAGAAACAGGGGAGAAUGUCCUUCAUGUCCGGGAUGCUGAUACCCAAGACAAAAUACUACAGGCACUGCAUCUUCAGUUUGGCAAACAGUACCCUUGUUCAAAGAUAUAUGGGGAUGGAAAUGCUGUUCCAAGGAUUUUGAAGUUUCUCAAAUCUAUUGAUCUUCAAGAGCCACUGCAAAAGAAAUUCUGCUUUCCUCCUGUGAAGGAGAAUAUCUCUCAAGAUAUUGACCAUAUUCUUGAAACUCUAAGUGCCUUGGCUGUUGAUCUUGGUGGGACAAACCUCCGAGUUGCAAUAGUCAGCAUGAAGGGUGAAAUUGUCAAGAAGUAUACUCAGUUCAAUCCUAAAACCUAUGAAGAGAGGAUUAAUUUAAUCCUACAGAUGUGUGUUGAAGCUGCAGCAGAAGCUGUAAAACUGAACUGCAGAAUUUUGGGAGUAGGUAUUUCCACGGGUGGCCGGGUAAAUCCUCGGGAAGGAAUUGUGCUGCAUUCAACUAAACUGAUUCAAGAAUGGAACUCUGUGGACCUCAGGACCCCCCUGUCUGACACUUUGCAUCUCCCUGUGUGGGUGGACAAUGAUGGCAAUUGUGCUGCCCUGGCGGAAAGGAAAUUUGGCCAAGGAAAGGGCCUGGAAAACUUUGUGACACUUAUCACAGGUACAGGAAUUGGCGGGGGUAUCAUCCAUCAGCACGAAUUGAUCCAUGGAAGCUCCUUCUGUGCUGCAGAACUUGGCCACCUUGUUGUGUCUCUGGAUGGGCCUGAUUGUUCCUGUGGAAGUCAUGGGUGUAUUGAAGCAUAUGCCUCUGGAAUGGCCUUGCAGAGGGAAGCAAAAAAGCUACAUGAUGAAGACCUGCUCUUGGUGGAAGGGAUGUCAGUGCCAAAAGACGAGGCCGUGAGUGCAGUCCAUCUCAUCCAAGCCGCAAAACUUGGCAACGUGAAGGCCCAGAGCAUCUUGAGAACAGCUGGAACGGCUUUGGGUCUUGGGGUUGUGAACAUCCUCCACACCAUAAAUCCUUCCCUUGUGAUCCUCUCUGGAGUCCUAGCCAGUCACUACAUCCACAUCGUCAAAGAUGUCAUCCGCCAGCAAGCCUUGUCCUCGGUUCAGGAUGUGGACGUGGUAGUUUCGGAUUUGGUGGAUCCCGCCCUGCUCGGUGCCGCCAGCAUGGUUUUGGACUACACAACUCGCAGGAUCUGCUAGGCCUCCCGGGAGGGGACAUGGACCAAGACUCAGAACUUCUUUGUGGAAUCAGGUUGUCUUUUAGAUGAGCGUUUCUUACAAAGCAAAUUUGGUAUUUAGCAGGUGACUUCAGCAGUUAAGUUUUUGCUUUUAGUCUCCUCUUCCAAAGUCACUUUUCCCAACCCGUUUUGGUAGAUGCUGCUCUUUCUGGGGUCAUUUUAGCUCAAACCCUGUAAGUACCAGUCACAAUUUUCUGUGCCAAAGGAGCUGUGAUAGUAGACAAGGAAGCCUUAGGACUCUGCUCACCAGACGUACCACUUAGACCUGCAGGCCUUGCUUGAGAUGGGACCUUGAUAACUGGAGUUUGGAUUAUUAAUCCUUCCUACUCUGACCUUAAACUCAGAUUGCAGAAAGGGAUCCAGUCAGGAAACAGAAGGAAAUCUCACCGUGAAUGGCUAAAGUAAACUUUUUUAAAAACAGCUUUACUGAGAUAUUUUUAAAAGGGUACAAUUUGGUAAGCUUUGACAUAUGUAUAUACCUGUGAAACCAUCACCACAAUCAAGACAUUGGACAUACCUGUCACCCCCAAAUGUCAUUUGCUUAAAGAUGUUAUUUGCUACUACUCUUGGAGAGUCUUGAGCAACUUUAGGGAUCUGAAUUACAGUGGCUUUAAGUGACCUUGUCCUUAUCUUCUUAAGGACAGCUGAGAAGCCACUAGGACUUAACAGCCUCUGAAAGGAGAUUAACCAUCCCCAAAGGAUCUUCGCUAUGGACAAACACCUCUCCCUUCAAUAACUUUUCAUGCUAAUGUUGAGUAUGACCCUGGAGUAUCUCCUAAGGCAGCGUUUGUGGAGCCCGUAUCUGUGAAUCUGGAUUCUGGCGAAAUACGAUUUUGUGCUUUCAUUGGUGUCUAGAUACAAAGGCUAGGGUUCUUGCUAUCAAUUUCAACCUGGAAGAAAUAUGAAUACCCACCAUUUAAUAAGUGCCUACUGUGUGCCAGGUUCUGAACUAGGUGCUCCAUAUACGUUAUUCUAAAUUCUCACAACCUGGGAGGUAGGUGUUUUAAUUUCCAUUUUAUACAACCGCAAAUUAAGUCUUGGCGCGUUUAAGUGAUGGCACCUAAAGCUGUGUGGCUAGUGACUCUCAGAAACAGGAUUUGCUCCCAGGUCCAUCUGUGCUUUUCUGCUAAGCCACACAACCCCUCAAAUAAAAACCUUGCAGAAGGUACCUAUAUCCUAAUUUAGUUCAGACUAACAACAGCUUUAAUAAGACUGUCUCAUUAGCAGAUGACUCAAUUUGUCUUUGAUGCUGUCCCUCAGUGAUAAAUUUAAUCAAAUAUUCUUCUCUGCUGUGGACAUUUUGCCAAUACAGUAUUUUGUCUAGUGACAGGUUUUUAUGGGUACUUUCAGAUGAUCUAAGAAAGCAUAUGCAUGUUUUUCAGAUUCUUAUUUUAGGACAACCAGAAAGUUUCUAUUGUUUCAGUGUUAGCAUACAAAAUAAAGUGUGAAAGAAUCAAUAUUGCAUUUGAACUACUUCCUUCCUGGUGGUUUAAUGUGAAUAGAUAGGUUGGCUGAUUCCAGGAACUCCACCGGCCCUGAAAUAAUCUCCAGGUCCUGGUUAUUGUUGAAAAAUUCCACCGUGAUUCCUAGGAAGGAAGCUAGUUCUGCUUGGCGUCAGCGUCUGGGGUGAGGUGGUGUCCUGUGAAGGGACACCAGUUGUUCCUGGGCGACAUCUGUAACUGCUCUGGACACCAGACGGUUGCAUUGCUACCAGGCUUCAUACCAAAUAUUUGGAAGGAUGGUUCUAAAUCUAAAACCAAAUCUUAGUUUUUAUUGAAUUCACAGAAAGGAUAAUUAAUAUAUUCCAACAUAAUUAUUACUGACAGUUAAAUCACAUAUUAAUUUAUUUUAGUGUAAAUAUUUGUAUGUUACUGUUCUGAGCCAAAUUCUAAAGAAAAAAUAAAUAUAUUUCUUUGUGGAAAUCCUAA